AUGGUGGCAGGCACGGCGGAUGAGAGCAAAGCCUUUGGGCUGCUGGAGGAGCUGCUGGCGAAGGAGGACUUCGACAAGGCCUUCAAGACGGCUUCGAAACUUCCCACGGGCCCUGAGCAAACGGAGGCCCUCGUCUACGCGGCGCUGCAGACGAACAGAUGGGAAGAUGCGAGAGCAGCAAUUCGCAAGCUGCGGCAGCAGCAGCAGCAGCAGCAGCAGCAACAGCAGCAGCAGCAGCAGCAGCAGCAGCAGCGGAAGCAGCAAGAGGGGGCCCCUGCCACGCCCCCGCUGCUGCUGGAGGAGGCCUACUGUAUGUACAGACUCAACAAGCCCCAGAAGGCGCUGCUGCUGCUCUCCGAGCUGCAGCAGCAGCAGCAGCAGCAGCAGUACAACACAACUGCUGCUACGCAUCUCCACGCCCAAGUGGUAACUGCUGCUGCUGCUGCUGCUGCUGCUGUCGUGAGAAGCAGCGCUGCUGCUCAGUGUGCUGCUGCUGCUGCUGCUGCUCCGGCGUCUCCCCCUGCGAACUGCAGCAGCAGCGAAACCUUCGAGCUGCCUUUUAAUGCUGCAGCACUUGCCAUGCAGCAGCAGCAGCCGCAAGCAGCAGCAGCUUUGCUGCAGCGCUCUUUAGAAUUGUGUGCAGCAGAAGCUGGCGUUGCUGUUGGAGACGCGCUGCGGUGUAUAGACAGCGGAGAGCUCGCGGGGGUUUUGGUGCAGCAAGCUGUGCUGCAGCAGCAAAUGGGAGAUGCAGCAGCAGCAGAAGAUGUUUAUGCUGCUGUUCUUGCUGCUGUUGAGCAGCAGCAAACCAUAGACGCAGGAGUUGCUGCAGUUGCAGUCACCAACACCUUUGCUGCUGCCCUCAACAGAGGCCAGCAGCAGCAGCAGCAGCAGCAGCAGCAGCAGCAGCAGCAGCAGCAGCACGAUUUGGAUGUUCUUAUAAGAAGAGCCACAAAAGGAGCAACAGAGACACUGGAACGCAAACUCACUGUCCCGCAGGCUUUGGGCAUUGGAGUCAAUCGGUGCAUAGGCCUUCUGAAGGGCGGACGGGUGGAGGAGUGCCGCCGUGUCUUGGCGUCGCUGACUUCUCGCUUUGGAAGUUCAGUUUCUUUGUUGCGGCUGAAGGCAGCAGCACAGUUUGCUGCAUCGCGGCCAACAAAAGCAGACGAGCUGCUGAAGCUGCUGCUGAGCUCGCCAGCGCUCAGCAGCAGCAGCAGCAGCAGCAACACUGCAGCAGCAGCAGCAGCAGCAACGCAGCGGCUGCAGCUGCAGAUAUGUCGGCUGGCGCUGCUGCUGCAGCAAGGCAACCGCCAGGGCUUCCGCACUUUGCUGCGGGACGUGCAGCAGCAGCUGUUGCAGCACCUGCAGCAGCAGCAGCAGCAGCAGCAGGGCAGCAGCAGGGAAGAAGAGCUCUGGAGGAAACUCAGGUAA